CAGGCCACCGGGCGGGCAAGUGGCAACCGCGUGGCCGUGAAGUGUAUCGAUCUCGGAUCGCUGACGGCCAAGGAGCGCCACCAAGCCUCGCAGGAGGCGUAUCUGCUGCGCCGGGUGAAGCAUCCCCACAUCGUGAGGUUCUUCGAUUGCAUCGUCGGCGCUCAGCAGAUGCACAUAGUUAUGCAGCUGAUGGAAGGCGGUGACUUGGCAAGCGUCAUCCGCCGGUGCCGGGACGGCGGACAGCGGCCUAUGGAGGCUAGCAUCUGGCGCUGGCUUUUGCAGAUGGCGCGGGCUUUGGCCUAUUUGCACAAGAUUUCAAUUCUGCACCGCGACGUGAAGCCUGCGAACAUCUUCCUGUCGGAGGAUGAGCGGACAGCCGUCUUAGGCGAUCUGGGCAUAGCCAAG